GAGAGUAAAUAGAGAGAGAAGCCUCAAGAUGGCUGACUCGCAGGGCUCCGUUCACCUCACCGGAGCUGCUGCUGCUGCAACUGCGGUAGCCCCGGCGGUCGCCCCCGUGAAAAACCCGCUCGCCAAGCCGACAGAGGGGAAAGGAGCCUCUGACAACCGCUCUCAUACUUCCCGGGAUUGUAACGCGCCGCCGCCGCCCAAGAAGGUCCGAGUCGAGGAGCGGAGCAUCAAACCCAAGAAACUCACCGGCAGCGGGAGAGAGAAACUCCAGCAGCCGAGUUACGGCAGCUUCAGCUCGGUGCCUGCCACCGGCGGAUCCCAGCCACCGACAAACACACACAAAGUCUUCAAACAGAGCGAUUUCUUCCUCCACAAGCCGCCUUCUUCUUCUAAUACUACUACUUCUUCUUCUUCUUCCUCCUCCUCAUCCAAACCCAAGAAACCAAGCAAAGACAAACAGCGGGAGAAAGAGAGGGAGAAGGGGAAAGGAGGCGGAGAGGAGAAAAAGAAACAUAAUAAACAGCAGCCGUUGUUGUUGACCUCCGGACCCGGGAGUAACGUUAGCAACAACGAUAUCAGCAGAUUCAACAACAACUCUGCAGUGAAGAGAGAAAAUGGGGAGGUCAUAUUGCCACCAAAAGAGCACUCCACCAAGGACAAGGCAAAAGAGAGAGACCGAGAGGAGAGGGAGAAGAAGAAGGUCAAGGAAAAGGAGAGAGAGAAGAAGAAGCACAAGGUGAUGAACGAGAUCAAGAGGGAGAACGGAGAGGUCAAACAGCCAAUUAAAGAUGAAAAAGAGAAAGCCAAGAUCAACUUAGAGGAGCUGCAAAUGAAAAAAGUGAAGAAGAAAAAGAAAAAGAAACACAAAGAGGGGGAGAAGCACAAACGAGUCAAGAUGUACCACCGCUCAUGCCAAACCAUUUGCGCCGGCCUACUUGUCUGCCCGCCUUCCUCUCCUCCCCCCACCUCUUCCUCAUCUUCAUCCUCCAAUCCUGCACACAACUCCUCCCCGUCUCCCUUUAAGUCUCCGCUACCUGUUAACUCUCCAUCUAAUAACAAAAAUGCACAUGCCCUGCCCUCUGCUGCUUCUCUUGCUUCAAAAUCCCUCUUUAACUCCUCAACACCUGACUUUCUCAACUCUCCGUCGUCCUCCAUCACGGCUCCACAACCUUCUCCAACCAAACACCUGCCGCAUUGCACCUACCCUGGCUUGUCGGGCCUGGAGUUUGCCCCUUACAUCCACAUAGAGAACCAGCCGAACGGAGGGGCCCUGGUGGCCCACGCCUACAUGUCCCAGCUCUCCUCUCUCUCCAUGGGCCAGAGGCAGAGAUUUGCCCAGGAGUUUGUCACCUUGGCGUUCAGCGAGGACUCAUCCCAGGCAGCACAUUAUGUCAUGGGUAUCGUCCAUGGGGAAGCAAGCUACCUGCCAGACUUCUUGGAUUACUUCUCAGCCAACUUCCCUUCAACUGCUGUAAAAAUGGAAAUACUGGGAAAGAAGGACAUAGAAACCACCACAAUGGCUAAUUUCUACUCUCAGGUGAAGAAAACGUACUGUCACGGUACGUACAGAGCCGGGGCGAUGAGACAGAUCAGCCUGGUGGGAGCCGUCGACGAGGAGGUCGGGAAAUAUUUCCCAGAAUUCCUCAGCAUGCUGGGGGAGUCGCCCUUCCUGAAGCGGACUCUUCCGUGGGGAACGUUCUCCAGUCUGAGCCUGAUGGAUCCCACAGAGAGCGACGACGGUCCCAUAAUGUGGGUCAGGCCGGGAGAGCAGAUGAUACCUGUGGCUGAUAUACCCAAAUCCCCCUUCAAAAGAAAACGCUCCACCAAUGAGGUGAAGAACCUGCUGCAGUCCCUGCCGAGGACCAGCGAGCCCAGAGAGAUGCUGUUUGAAGAUCGGACUCGAGCCCACGCCGACCACAUCGGACAGGGUUUUGAACGUCAGACCACAGCAGCCGUCGGUGUGCUGAAGGCCGUUUGCUUCGGAGAAGGCUCAGAGCCUCCUUGUGUAACCAAAGACGUUGUGUGUUUCCACGCUGCUGAUUUCACCUAUGUAGUUCAGAGGCUGCAGUUGGACUUACAUGAACCUCCGCUGUCUCAGUGUGUACAGUGGGUGGAUGAUGCCAAACUCAACCAGCUGCGUCGGGAGGGAAUCCGCUACGCCCGCAUCCGCCUGUGCCACGAUGACGUCUACUUCAUCCCCCGCAAUGUGGUCCACCAGUUCAAGACCGUGUCUGCUGUCUGCAGCCUGGCGUGGCACAUCCGCUUAAAGAAGUACCACGGAGGAGAGGGAGAGGAGGAGGAGGAGGAGGAUGAUAUGGAGGCAGAGGUGAAUGAAGAGGAGGAGGAGAAGGCAGUUGAGUUGAAGGAGAGGGAGAUGGUGGAGGAGGAGAAGGAGGGGAAGGGUGAAAAGAAGGGUGAGAAAGGAGCGACGGAGAGGAUAAAGGACGAGGAGGAGGACGUUGAAGUAAACAGGACGUUUCCAGCUAUUAAAGUGGAGGAAGAGGAUCGUCAUCUUCCUCACUCGCAACACCCAGCUGUGGUGUCUCAGCCUGCUCGCUCGGAGGACACGGACUCGAGCGACCCAAGAGACAGAGAGGAGAAGAGGGGGAAAGAGGGGGGGAAACCCAAACAGCAGGAUUCACCUCCCAUUAAGGUGAAAGCAGAACUUCCAGCACCUCCUCCCUGCAAGAGUAAAUCUCCCUCAACUCUCCCUCUGUCACCUCCUGCCUCUCAUCCUCCUCAUCAGGACGCAAAACCCAAAGCAUCAUCAAAACAUCAUCACUCACAUCAUCACCACCAUCAGGACAGCAGAACGACGUCUUCCAGUCCGAGGUCCUCCUCUUCGGCUCCCAAAUCCUCCCUCUCUCCAUCUGUCUCCAAGUCUUCCUCCUCCUCUUCUUCUUCCUCUUCUUCGUCUUCAUCAUCAUCUUCUUCUGGAUCUACUGUCACUCCCAAGCGCUCCUCUUUUUCUGCUCCCAGUCCAUCCUCUCCUGUUGUGGCCACCUCCUCAACAUCAUCCCUGACUCCUCCCAGGUCUUCAGCGGACUCUCACUGCACGCAUCGCCUCCCCUCGAAUCCCUCCGCCCUCCCCGCAUCGUCCACUCAGUCAGACAAACCGAAGGAAAAAGACUUGCAAAGAAUUCCUUCAGACUCACGGACACAGUUGGAAGUUCGAGGGUCACACAAGUCGCAGGCCAAAGGAAAACACAGCGGGGACGCACAGACACACUGUCGAAGUGCGGCGGACGCACGGACACAUACGCCGCCGGAGAAAUGGACUCGCGGCUCCGAAUCGGACUCACAGCUGCUUCCUCCACAGGACGCGACGAGGCAAGGACUUUACAUGCAGCAAUACACACCCCAGCAUCUCCCACCUCCUCCUCCUCCUCAUCCUCACCUCCCUCAGAUGCUCCCUCCUUCCUUCCCCCCUCUCCUGCCACACUCCCACCUUCCUCACAGACCUCCUCUCCUCCCCCCGACCUCCUCCCAAACCCAACCUCUGAACUCUUUCCUCGGUCACAAACCGGCGCCGCAUUCGGUUCACAUGAGCCAGCUUCACCUGCCCCCCCCGCACCAACCCAAUAUCACCACCCAGUCUCAGCCCUAUUACCCCCAGCCUCCCCUAAUCGCCCCCCAUACCUCCCCCUCUCAGCCCAACGCUCCCCUCACCAGCUCGCACUCUCACCUCCCUCACGCUCACCAGUACGCCAAAACCUACUUCCCCCCUCAGCAUCCCCACUUCCCCUCUCACCACUUUCUCCCCCCUCAGUCGUACCUGUCCCCCCCGCCGCCCAGCUCCUACCCGCUACAGUACCAAACCUCAGCACCACCAGCGCAGAUUCAGCCCCCUCUGUCUCAGUCUUUCCCUCACCCCCCUCCUCCACCUUCCUCCUCACAGUCGCCACCUCCCCCACCUCCUCCCCCGCUUCCACCUCCACCUCCGCAGCCUUCCCUGUCUGUUCUCUCCCUUCCCCCGAAGCAUGAAGAGGAGCAGAAACAGAUUUUAUAGUAGUAUUUUGUACAUAAUGAUGCUGUUUCUAAACGACUGUACAUGUACAGGGUUUUAUUUUGGCGGUGUUGUUGUAAAACAAUGUAAAAACAUAAGAGGAAAGACAGUAUCGUAGUUUAUAAAGCAGAGUUGGACUUUAUUUGCCCCAGACCUCUGAACUGGACUGGUUUUCAAUUGUACUGAAUUUGAUGCUUGGUUGCGCUCGAGUUCAAAAACAUUGAGAAUUUAUUGCGUUUUACUGGUAGUUUUGGUGGUUAGUCGUGUACGGGUGCACUGGUUUUGACUUUGAAGAGGAGAUUUUUUUUUUUUUUCACGAUCAAGGUUUGAAUGUGCUCCCGGUUUUUGUCAAGUCUGCCAAACUGCUGUCUGUUUUGUUUUGUUUUUAAUAUUAUUA